GGGAGGCGGUGCUGCCGCCGCCGUGCGGGGACACACACACCGGAGCUGUGCGAGCCCCGGUGCUGCAGCCCCGCUCCGCUCCCGGCCGGGACCGCUCGGCCAUGGGCGGCCGGGCAGCGCGGCCCCGCUGACCCCGCACAGCCCGGCAUCCCCGGCUGCUCCUUAGUCCGGCAGCUCCGCUCCCUGGAGCUCCGGACGCUGCUGUCCCGGGAGAUCACCUGCACAGCGUCCCGCUCCGCUGAGCCGGGCUCCUCCAUCUCUCAGCGCUCCGGAAUCCCGGGAACUCCGUACUCCGCCCGCACGGGAACUCCGCUGCGCUGACCGCUGCUCCCGGCUCCUCGGGAAUCCGGUACUCUGUCAUCCCGGGAAUUCACCUCCGCUGACCCCAUCUCCUCCAGAACCCCGUGUCCCAGCCCCACGGGAACCCAUCUCCCCCGUCCCCGGCUCCUCCGCCGCCCGGUGCUCUGGCAGCCCGGGAGCUCAACUCUCCGUGAUCCCGGGAAUUCAUCCCUCUGAGCCCCUCUGCUCUGUAACCCCGCGCCGCAGCUCCCCCGGCACUCGGCCCUGCUGCCCCCGGCUUCUCGUCACUCGGAAUUCCGCCUCCGGGAAGUUCAGCUCUGCUGAAUUCCUCAGGAAUUCGGUGCCGUGUCAGCUCGGCUCCGCUGAUCCCGCAUCCUCCAUAACCCCGUAUCCCAGCUCCCCGCGAACUCGUCUCCGUUGAUCGCGACUUCUCCCUGUUCCCACCUCCUCCUGACCCCGCUCGUCCCGGUGCCCCAGCUCCGCUCCUCCCGCUGUUCCUCCGCCCCAUGUCCCCGCUGCCCAGGAUCUCUCCUCUGACCCCAGCCGCCCCAUAACCACCAUCCCGGUGAUUCCCAUCCCAUCCCAGCGCUGCCCAUUUCUCAGCUCACCCUCGGCGCCGCUCCCGGGGGCUCCUCACUGCCCACCCCGCGGUGACCCCGCGGCUGUCCAGCUGCAGAGCCGCGCUGCCCCCCGGCCCCCCGGCCCCCCGACGGCGCGGCCAUGGCGUUCAUGGUGAAGAGCAUGGUGGGCGGGCAGCUGAAGAACCUCACGGGCGGCCUGGGCGGCGAGGAGAAGAGCGAGAGCGAGAAGUCGCCGGCCGAGGCUCAGGGCAUGACCCGAGAGGAGUAUGAGGAGUACCAGCGGCAGCUGGUGGAGGAGAAGAUGGAAAGAGAUGCCCAGUUUGCCCAGCGCAAGGCGGAGAGAGCCACGGUCAGGUCGCACUUCCGAGACAAGUACAGGCUGCCCAAGAACGAAACCGAUGACAACCAGAUCCAGCUGGUGGGAGGUGACGUGGAGCUGCCCAAGGAGCUGGCCAAGAUGAUCGAGCAGGACAACGAGGAGGAGGAGGAGAAGAACUCGGUUAUCGGCCAGCUCAGCAACAUCCAGAACCUGGACCUUGAUUCCUUGAAGGACAAAGCUUCGGCCACGCUAGAGGACCUGAAGCAAUCGGCGGAGAAAUGCUCCGUGAUGUGAUGGGGGCUGAGCAGGGAGGGGACGCGGCGCAGGGUCGGGCGGGGACCCAGCCACGCUGUCACCCCUGCCGUGUGCCACUCGGGUCCUCCUGAGCCGUGUGACCCCUCUCGAGUCCCUGCCCCAGGUGUCCCUGAUGUGUGGCUUUCGUUCCGUCCUCCGGGCUGAGGUUUAGAGCCAAGAGCCAGCAUGUCCCCCCCGUACCCCAUGUCACCCCUGCCGUGCCCGUGCCCGGGCAGGGGCUGUCCGCAGCCAGAGCCCCGCGGGUCGCAGGGAAGGAGAGCGACCUUGGAGUGUCAUUGACCUUGGAGAGGUCAGGCUCUGCCUCCCAGAACCGCCCGGGAGGCUCCGAUUUGCCCGGCAAGGACGAGGCAGGGUGUGGAACGCCCCCCUCCCCGCGUCCCGUAGCCAUCACCCGAGAAAGGACAUCCCAUCCCUGCAGGGAACACCAGCCCCGCGCCCUUGAGGCCCCUCCGGAGGAGCCAGCCGGCAAGGAUGUGCCACACGAUCCCGCUCAAGCUGCGGGAAGGGGGGUGCUGAAGCCUCAAUUGACGCCAGAGAGGAACCAAAGCCCUCCUGGUGCUGCGCUGAGCCCGCAGCAGCCCUUCCCCGGAGCAGUGGUGUCCCUCUCCCGGGAUGGGAUCCCGUCCUCGUUCCUUCCAGGAGCAGAGCAAAGCCAUGAGGGAAUUUCUCCCCGUGCUCCCGCUCGUCGUGCUGUGGUCGUGCUGUGCUCGGUUGAGUGUCCCUCACCUCCUGUGCUGUCCCCGUGCCAUGGUACUGUUAUAACCGGUGGAAUAAAUACCAGGAGAUG